UUGGUAACCUAGGGACAGCAAGCGCUUGCAAUUUGACCGACUGUUCCAUGCGUUAACUUAACUCGGUCUUACUUGCCCUCUCCCGUUGGAGAAAUCCUUUUGUUCUUCGCCUCUUCUUCCACUCCUCUUUUCUCCUCCUAAUCUCCCCCUCCCCCCCAUAAUUUAAGGCGUAAGGCCCACCCCGUCCGUGCUAUCAUAUCCACUUCCAACACCCCCUGUUCCGCUAGAAACGCGCGCGCUCCCAAAUAACACCCCUCCGAGCCUCAGCCUGUUGCGUUUCGCAUACUCCUUUUUUCCUUACUUCUCCCGCCAUACCUAUCUUCCAGUUGCCACAGCUCUCUCGUAUCCCGCUCUUCCCCAGCGCCGACGCCCACCGGAUCGACCGAGCACUCUUAUCACAGCCAUCAAAAUGUCAUCGGACUCGGAGCAAGAAUGGAAGCCCAGCGGUCGCCCUCAGUCGACCAUGGCACAGGCCUUUUCGACCGCGCUGGAUAGCGCCUUCUCUCUGGACACCGAUGUCAAUCAUCUCUCACAGACUAUCGACCAAAAGAAGCUGCAGAUGAUGAUCCAGACCCGCGAACUCGAACAACUUCAAGCCAAGAUCCGCGAAGCCGAAGAACGCCUCAAAGCUCGACAGUCGGUGAUUAUGGAGUCCAGAAACCCUGCAGCGCAAAGAGACGGUCGGUUCUACGGAGGCUCAGGAAACACAUCCGCGUCGUCAUCGCCCACCGAUUCAGCACAAUACUCCAGUGGCGAUGAACAGCUGCGACGCAGCCAAGGCCGCAGUUCGUAACGGCAUGGAGGC